AUGUCCGACUUUGACAGCAACCCGUUCGCCGACCCGGACUUCAACAAUCCGUUUCAGGAUCCCUCGGUGACACAGGUGACGCGCUCUACUCCUCCCGGUGGUCUAGAAGAAUAUAACCCCUUCACAGAUGCCAGAACGGCUGCCCCUGGAAAUGCCCCCAAGUCUGCGCCAGCACCUUCACAGAACACGCAGCCUGCUAUCAUGAAGCCCACAGAAGAGCCCCCAGCUUAUUCGCAACAACAAACGCAGGACCAGGCACGUGCUCAGGCCGAGUUGCUGAGAAGGCAAGAGGAAUUGGAGAGGAAAGCGGCAGAGCUUGACCGCAGGGAGCGAGAGCUGCAGUCUCACGGAGUAGCAGGUCGUAAGAACAACUGGCCUCCCAUGCCUGAGAAGUUCCCUGUGGGCCCCUGUUUCUACCACGACAUUGCAGUGGAUAUUCCUAUAGAAUACCAGAAGACGGUGAAAAUCAUGUAUAACCUUUGGAUGUUCCAUGCCGGCACACUCUUUGUGAACAUGUUUGGCUGCUUGGCGUGGUUCUGUGUGGAUCCUUCCCACGGUGUGGACUUUGGCCUGGCCAUGUUGUGGUUUCUCCUCUUUACGCCUUGCUCUUUUGUCUGCUGGUACAGACCGCUCUAUGGAGCUUUCAGGAGCGACAGUUCUUUCCGCUUCUUCGUCUUUUUCUUCGUCUACAUCUGCCAAUUUGGAGUUCACGUGCUACAAACGAUCGGUAUCACCGGCUGGGGCACGUGUGGUUGGAUCACAGCCCUAAUGGGCCUGAACACUAGCAUCCCGGUGGGCAUCAUCAUGUUGCUCAUCGCCGCACUCUUCACCACGCUCUCCGUGGGCUCGCUCAUCAUGUUUAAAAAGGUCCACGCGCUGUAUCGGACCACUGGCGCCAGCUUCGAGAAGGCCCAGCAGGAGUUCGCAACCGGGGUCAUGUCCAACAAGACGGUGCAGACGGCAGCCGCCAACGCUGCGGCCAACGCUGCGUCCAACGCGGCCCGCGGCGCCUUCAAGCCUCAUCCGUAG